AUAAACACACACACACACACACAGAGAGAGAGAGAGAUGUGUGGUGGAAGCGUGCGCUCAGUACAGAGUUAGCUGCAGCAGAGGGAAGUUACUGAAGCACGGUGCAGUCCUUGUGUCUGACCGAACCGCUUUUUAUGGACCUUUUCACCAUCCGAGCCGAGCGAUGGCUAAGAUCCGGGUCUCAUAUGAGUACUCGGAGGCGGAGGACCGAAGCAUUCGGCUCGGCCUCUUCCUGAUCGCUUGCGGUGUGCUUUCUCUCUUCAUCCUGUGCUUGUGCUGGCUGAGUCCGGCGCUGCAGAGUCUGCGCAGCCGCCCGACCAACUGCACGGUGCUGAGCGUGCGCCGCCUGGACGAGCGCUUCGAGUGCGUGUUCACGUGCGGCGCGGACUGUCGCGGCACGUCGCUGUAUCCCUGCCUGCAGAUCUUCGUCAACAACUCGGCAUCCGGCGCCGCCGCGCUGCUUCACUACGACGAACAGCAGCUGCUGCUCAACCCCAAGUGUUCUUAUGUUCCCAAAUGUGAGCGAGAUAAUCAGAAGAUGCGAGAAGACAUCCUAAGGUUACAACACUACUGGAGUGAAGAGGGUAGUAACCAGUCUUUCACCUGCUUCUUCAAUCCACAGAGGAGGCCCGAUGAUGUGCUUUGGCAACGUUCCCAUGAUGCCAGUGUGCUGUUGCACUGUGUACUGUGGCCGAUGCUGAGUCUACUGGUCGGGACGCUCAUUGUACUCCUCACUGUUUGUGCUCGCAGUUUGGCCGUGCGAGCUGAGGCCAUUCAAAAACGCAAGUUCUCCUAAACACCAUUGUGGACUGACAGACAUACAUUUGGCUUCGGAGGUGCACCUUCUCACCGCUUGCAUAGCUGAAACCCGAUACAUUUUAUGUUGGGGCUAAAAGCCUGGGAAGUUUUGGUGUCACCGCUCUGGUAAGUCCAGAUUAUUUAGGCCUAGCUGAGGACAAUCUAUCAUUUAUCAUAGGAGUGGAAGUACCCAUGCAAUGCUUGUUGGUUUUUGUUUGUCAGAGGUUUGUGGGGCAGAUUCAUCAAAAUUAAAACGCUGAUCUUAAGUGGUAUUUGUGGUUAUGUCUAUUAAAGCCAUAUAGACAAAUAUUAGGCUACACAAAGCAACUUUGUUGUUCUUCCUCAGUUGCCCUAGUGUAACGAUGACCUCUUUUCAUUCCACUUCAGUGCUUGUCCCUUCAUAUCGCUUCCAUCGGUGUGCUCUGUGCCUGUAUUUGUUCCUACAGGACAGGCUAAGCUACCAGUAGCAUGGUCUGACACUUUAAGUAGCAUUUGCUAAUGUAGCAAGAAAUAAAACAUUGUCUAUUGAGUA